AGCUUCUGCUGUCAGUCAGUGGGUGUCUUUCAGUGUGUAAAGUCUGCCGCUCUGGCUGCUAGUGAACGCGAACAAGUUUCAAAGAAAAGAGUAAAGCAAAAUUUUCAACAAUGGAUUUCGAAGUCAUCAGUGAAGCUCUAGGUCAUUUUGGCAGAUACCAGAAAUACGUCUUUGGUUUAGGUUGUUUAGGGCUCUUCAUUCCAGCCAUGCCAGUGGUCUGCAUGACGUUUGUCGCCAAUCCUGUCAAACACAGAUGUGUGGUGCCAAAUUGUGAUGACAACAGUACCCAUUACGAGGAGAACUUUACUGAGUGGGCCAUCCCAGAGGGUGACCAGUGUCAUGUCUGGACACUCAAGAACAACAUUACUGACCAAUGUCAACCAGACGUAUUUUCCAACUCAACUUCAUCUUGCUCACAGUGGGUUUAUGACACAUCAUUGUUCUCUGCAACUACUGUCACUCAGUUUGAUUUAACAUGUGAAAAAGCUUGGCUUCGUCUUCUUGGUGGAUCAAUGUACAUGACUGGUAUGUUAGUGGGAGCCAUUGUUUUUGGCGAUUUAGCUGAUCGCUUUGGAAGAAAAAAGGGAAUCUUGACGUCAGUACUUGUAUUUGUUGCUGGUGGAGUUUUAAGCGCAGUGUCUCCUAACUACUACAUGUUCCUGUUGAUGCAGCUCUUUACCGGUGCUGGUGGCUGUGGCCUCGUUGUUGUUACAUAUGUCUUGACUCUAGAGUUUAUUGGUGGUAAAUGGCGUACAUUUUGUGGGAUCAUCAUUCUGAUAUCACUUGCACUUGGUGAAGUUAUGACUGGAGUGUUGGCUAUCUUCAUCAGGGACUGGCGUUGGUUGCAAGUUGCUAUCACUGCUCCUGCUUUCCUGCUCAUAUCUUAUACUUGGUAAACGGAAAAACGGCACAAUGCUCUGACUGGAACAAUAUAAAAAUUACCCGCACAGAGGAGAGAAGAACUUAUGACGACAUUUCUGUCCUAUUUGGACCAUUUACAAAGUCAUACACUUACGUCAUCGUAAGCUCCUCUCUCCUAUGUAAUUUGUGUUUUAUUCUUAGUAGUUACAGUUUGUAUUUGCUCCAGCCUGAAUCUUUCACACUUGAUAUGUACUGUUUGUAUAAGAACAUAAGAAGGAACACUGCAACAGACCUACUGGUCUAUGCCAGGCAGGUCCAAUUCUCCCAAUUCUGACCUAGUGAGGUCAGACACGUCACUUAAUGGAGGAGCCCGGCAUCCGACCUAGUAGCACAAGCUAGUCAGGUCCAACUCACACUCACCUACGCCCACUCAUGUAUUUAUCCAACCUAUUUUUAAGAACUACACAACGUUUUAGCUUCUUUGACGGUACUCGGGAGUUUGUUCCACUCAUCCACAACUCUAUUACCAAACCAGUGCUUUCCUGUAUCCUUCCUCAAUCUGGAUUUUUCCAAUUUAAACCAUUGCUGCGAGUCCUGUCUAUGUUAAAUAUUUUUAGCAAGCUAUUUACAUCCCCUUUAUUAAUUCCUAUUUUCCAUUUAUACAACUCAAUCAUAUCCCCCCC